CCGUGUUUUCGCAUACCAAGUCCGCCAAAACCUCAUACGCAAUGGAGAACGCAAGUGCGUCAACGGCCGGCGCAGUGCCAGAUUCGGUGGCAAACGCGCUCAUGAGUAUUCAUCCACGGUACAACAGUUUCCACCAGCACAAUGCCUUCCCGCCUGCUGCACCCGUCGGAAGUGUCGGUGCACGGUACGAGCAAACCGCGGACAGUCCCGGUAUGGCCACGAACCAUCAGAAUGGGCUCAGCACGGGCAAUGGCGGAAAUACGACCGUGCAGCCGGCGGCCACCAGCGUCAUCAAUCUGUCCAACUCCAGCGACGUCGUCAUAGGUCCAAUGACACAGUACCAGGGUGCCGUUACGAUCUACCAGUACAUGGAUGCAACCGUCGAGGCCAGCCGAAUUGCAAAUGGAUAUAACAAUCAAAACAGAUUUAUGCCGCCCAAUAGUGAAAUGGCUUGA